AUGGAGGAGAAGAAGGAAAAGAAAAAGUUGGAUGAAGAAGCUUGCAUUGCACACAUUCACAACAACAUCACAACAAGGACAUUCAAUGGCCCCCUCACAUCAUAUGAACAGAAAGAAGAUCUGGAAGCACUUGUGGGGGCACUUGGACUCUUGAGAAAUGGGAAAAUUGUUGAUCUUUCUGCACAGAUCAAAACUCACCUGGAGGAUCCCAACACUUGCAAAGCCCUUGGGGAUAAUCCUCUAUUUUCGGUGCUAUAUGGUUUGAAGUGGUGUGGGCAUGUUGCAAACCCAACUUCGAGUGGAACUUCAACACCUUCAGCAAGUACUUCUCUCCCUCUGGCCACCAAUGCUAUGUCCAACCCACAACCACUGGUUUUCUUGCAGAUGCAGGGAUCUGUCCCCAUUCCAUAUCCAAACCAUUUGUCAUAUACCUGA